ACUCGCAGAUGUCUGACGUGAUUCCCUCCCUGCCUGAUGGUACUCAGAGAUGCUGCCAGCUACUUGGACACAUCGUCAAGGGCAUUCUCGUCUUUCGUAUCAAGGUGCUGUUUGUUUUUUGUCUCGCCUGGGCCAGCACCUGGCCAUGCGAUUCCUCCCAUGACGAGCGAGGCAGGGUAGAUCGCAUUCCAUCCCUGAACAUCAGGGUGGAUCGCACUCCAUUGCGGAAGCUUGGGAUUCGUUCGUGAUUCUCCUCCUCCUCAUCGUCCUGCUCCCCCUUCGUGCGUGUGUGGAGUCACGACCUGCUCCGUGACUUCCUGUGGCUUGGCAGCAGCACUGGACCUGACUGUGCGAUUCAUCCCAGCCACACGGUGGGGCUCGCAAAGCGGAUCGAACAUGGCCCAAAUUCACGAGUACCUGGCCCUUUCGGCGAGCAGGCAGGCUAAGAGCCUCGCCCUACCACUCUCCACUCGUGAGAAUUGGUGGGAAAUGACAAAUGCGUCCUCUGCACAUAGAAGGCGGCAAGACAUUCCCACCAUUUUGGCGUUUUGCAGAGUGGCGGAACGAGACCCAACAAAGCUGGUCGUUUUGACACAAACAGGGACGAACAACCCGUCGUCGUCUUAUGCUGUGUCCAAGAAGAGUCUGGCUCUCCUGCGACCCCGAUCUCCUCUGCUUGGUCCCUAUCGUCAUCAUGGCCAGGUGCGGUCACAACGUGGCUUCCUAUCCUUGGCUGCGCGCCGGACUCCUUGUUCACAGUUACCACCGCGGAGACCCAGCUUGCCUGGGAAGGGGUCGGACCAUGGGCAGGGGUACACAUUGCAACUGCGCCGCCGCCGUCCGAGGGUUGCGACCUGCAGCAUGUCGCGAGCUGGUGUCAUUGAUUUGGACUCAUUUGGCCAGGAGCCAUAUAUCAAACUUGGCGAGUGUAUGAUCGUUAACGUCCCACCUGCGUCAGGGACCUUCGUUGGCAUCAUCCACUUUCUUGGGGGUGUCUUCGUCUCUGCUGCCCCCGACCUCUCCUACAAACUCCUCAUGCAAGGGCUUGCUAAGGACGGUUACUUAGUCAUCACAACACCUUACACUGCUACCUUUGAUCACGCCGAAUGUACCAAGCAAGUUCAGAGAAAGUUCGUCAACUGUAUCGACUUGCUGGCGAGCUCUCCCGUCCUGUUGCCAGGUGGCAUCUCCUCGUCAGACGUCGUUCCCCAGCUGCCAAUCUACGGCGUAGGCCACAGCAAUGGCGCUCUCAUUCACGUGCUGAUGAGUUGUCUUUGCACGGGGUUAGCAUCACCAGACCUUAACAAGGCAAAUGUCCUUAUCUCUUUCAACAACAAAUCGGCCUCAGAGGCAGUGCCCAGCUUCGACCAGGUUGGACCCGCCGUGGCGGGUUUGUCUGCAAUGAUCGAGGCAUCCCCGUUCGCAGAUUUGGCACGCAGUGUAGGUAACGAAGCGGGCAGAGCUGCAAUGCAAGCUGCCACCUCAGCGGCAAUGUCCUUGUCCCCAUUCACACGUGGCAUUCAACAGAUUGACCAGGGGUUCCAACCGCUGCUGCAGCUGAGCGAGCAACUGAUUCCCGUAGUUAAGGAGAUAACCGACGGAGUGUCGGAGUUUACACCGAGUCCUAGCCAGAAUCGUGAGGCCAUAUCAAGGUUCUACAGUGUGAAGAAAUCUCUGCUGGUGAAAUUCACCGUGGACGGGCUUGACGAAACGCCCACAUUGGAAGAGUUGUUGAGAAUGCGGGCGCGGGUGACCAAUGGGUCUGUGGAGGUCCGCGAGCUACCGGGAACACACAUCACGCCUCUAGCUCAGGACAUCACUUGGAGAUACUCAAGUACAACCACUCCACUGGAAGCACUCGCUGACGCGCUGAGGGAUGCAGCCAUCAGGGACUUAAGACUCCUGAAAGACACCAUUGUACAUUGGCUGGCUACGGUUUGAUCAGACUUUGAUCGAUUUCUGAGGAGAAAAAAAAAGUGCCUUUGUAAACAUUCCAUUCGAACUACUUCAGACAAAAUUUAGUAACACCCACCGUUGAUGUACGGACCUAAGUUCGCAUCUGGAUAGAGUCGGAUUAGGAAAAUAACUCUGAAAUUACCUGGGCCCGGUCAGUGCAACGAUGAUAAGUCAAGGCCGGACAAAAAGAGACAAAAGUAACGAGAGGUCUCCUACAUCAUACAUGAAGCCACUUUAUGCUUGACAAUCAUCUAUGCAGUAUGAUCUGAACUUUUCUGCUCACGGGGUUCGAAGUCAGUCAGCUGUGGCUAUAUUAGAUUAAAUACACCUGCCCUCGACCUAC